AUGCGAAAAUCACCAAGAAGAUGGACUGCAGAGGAGGACUCGUUGCUGUACAAAGAAGCGAUGAAGCAGUCUUAUAACAGUGUCUGGGAUUGGAAUCGAAUUGCUGCCAACUUUACGGAUAGGUCUAACAAGGACUGCCGUAAGCGCUGGGUCAACCACGUGAGUGGGGGACUCAAGAAAGGCCCCUGGGCUGCAGAGGAGAAUGCGAAGCUCCGUGAAGCUGUGCAAACGUUUGGCCAACGGUAA